CUUUGCAUGUGCAUUAGUUCCUUUUUCUUGUUUCUGCAUGUUGUAGAUGUCUGAGAGUGAAGAGGCCAGUGAGUAUGUUUGUUCUGAAGAGGAGAGUUCCCAGACAGAUAGUUUUGUAGAAGGGCUUAUAGAAGCUAGGAUGGGAGUUCAUGAGGGGGAGAUGGCUGGGCCAUCAGUAGAGUCUGGGUCAGAGGCAUAUAGGAAGAUGCAGAAGAAGUAUAAAGUGUUAGAAGCCAGUGUUGAUCGGGUUCUAGCCUUGGCACAUACACCGGAGGUGGGCUCGAGCAAUCAGACAUCACCAUCAGAGUCUGUGGGUAUAGCCAUGGUUUCAGCUUCAGAGGGGGUGGACAUCCGGGUUGGUGUCCCAUUGGGAAAUCGGAAUACACUCACAGAAGCCAAGUUGGUUGAGCUUCGGACAGAUUAUAGUGUGCCAUCCUAUGUGGGCCUGAGGUUACCUAGUGCUGCGGAUGUAGUGAGAUAUCCUCCGGAGGGUUCAGUGAUGAUAUUCACCGAUAUGUACCAGCAUGGUCUCAGACUACCGUUUCAUCCUUGGGUACAGAUGAUGCUGGCCAAGUUGGGGUAUGCGCCGGGGCAAUACAAUCCCAACUUUUGGCUACUUCUGCAUGGAGUUUACAUUGCUUGGUGGUUGGUUGGGUUGGGGGAGCCAACAUUUGAGCAGUUUAUGUACUUGUAUUCGAUCUCCAAGCAACAGGGGACCUUUGGCUGGGUACAAGCCAAUUGCCGGAAGGCAAAGGAGAGAGGUUACUUUAUUGGGCAUAAGCCGAGUACGCAGAAGUCUUGGCGGAACAGGUGGUGCUUGGCCUAUGGUGAUUGGGAGUGUCCUCCAGGGAAGACCACCAAUAGACCAAACUCCAAAGAGAGCUGCAGUCACAAUCCUGGAAUGAAGUGCCAGUGCAGCAGCACUAGUAGUAGCAGUAGCGGCGUUGAUGAGAAGUCAGUGUUUUCACUCACCUCGUCAAGCAAGUACGAAGAUUAUAUGGGAGAGAAAACCAAAGGGGAUUUGAAUGUCAAGGUGGAGCAUCUUGAGGCCUUUGGAAUUGAUAGUCAAGCAACUUUAAAAGGUCCAAUGGAGGAAGUAGCCAGGGUUGAGGCUGAAGAAGCUGAAGACUUGCUCAGAGAAUUGGGUAUCCCGACUCCUUUUUCGUCAAGAAAAUCACCUCGUGGCAUUUUUUGUAGCCGCACGUUGAAUCUUCAAUCAAUCAGUGCCAUUGGAUAUGAUAUGGACUACACCUUGAUCCAUUAUAAUGUGAUUGCUUGGGAAGGGAGAGCUUAUGAUUACUGUAUGGAGAAUUUGAAGAAAGUGGGUUUCCCUGUUGACGGUCUUGCGUUUGACCCUGACUUGGUUAUUAGAGGCCUUGUCAUAGACAAAGAGAAAGGCAACUUAGUGAAGGCUGAUCGAUUUGGUUAUGUAAGGAGGGCUAUGCAUGGCACGAAGAUGCUAUCUAAUCGAGCUGUAAGUGAGAUGUACGGGAGGGAACUGGUGGACCUCCGGAAGGAAAGUCGAUGGGAAUUCCUUAAUACACUGUUCUCCGUCUCAGAAGCUGUCGCUUAUAUGCAGAUGGUUGACAGAUUGGAUGAUGGAACCAUAGCAGCACAGCUUGGUCCACUUGAUUAUGAGGGGCUCUAUAAGGCUGUUGGAAGAGCCCUCAUCAGGGCACAUGUAGAGGGUCAACUAAAGAGUGAGAUAAUGUCUAAGCCAGAACUAUUUGUGACACCUGAUCCAGAAUUACCCCUAGCACUUUUGGAUCAAAAGGAGGCUGGUAAAAAGCUUCUGCUCAUUACCAACUCAGAUUAUCAUUACACAGACAAAAUGAUGCAGCAUUCCUUCAACAGAUUUCUUCCCAAUGAUAUGGGUUGGCGAGAUUUAUUUGACAUUGUAAUAGUCACCGCAAGGAAGCCAGAGUUCUUCCAAAUGUCACACCCUAUGUAUGAGGUGGUGACAGGAGAGGGCCUCAUGCGUCCAUGCUUCAAGGCUAAAACAGGGGGAUUGUAUUCUGGGGGAAAUGCUCAGAUGGUUGAGAAUUCCCUAAAUAUUCAUGGAGAUGAAAUACUGUAUGUUGGUGAUCAUAUCUACACUGAUGUAAGUCAAUCCAAAGUUCAUCUGCGAUGGAGGACGGCAUUAAUUUGUCGAGAAUUGGAAGAAGAGUUUAGUGCUUUGAUUCAUAGCCGGGGUCAUAGAGCAUCACUGGUAGAGCUUAUAAAUCAAAAGGAGGUCGUAGGGGAUCUUUUCAACCAACUUCGGCUCGCCUCGCAAAGGCGAACUAAAGGACGCCCUGCUCAAACCCUUGCUGCAAGAAACUUGGAUGAUCAAGAACUCUCAGAAAGCAUGCAAAAGCUACUUAUGGUUAUGCAAAGACUGGACCAGAAAAUUGCUUCAAUGCUAGAAGCAGAUGGAGAGCUCUUCAACAAAAGGUGGGGAUUUCUUUCCCGUGCAGGGUUGUGGGAUAAAAGCCAUUUGAUGAGACAAAUUGAGAAGUAUGCCGAUAUAUAUACCUCCAGGGUGUCAAAUUUCUUACAUUAUACACCUUUCAUGUAUUUCCGCUCACAGGAACAGACGCUUGCUCAUGAUUCGUACUCAUACUACUGUUCGAGGUUUAAUGGGUCUGCUGUGGAUGACGAGGUCGACUUUAUGUUGUAGAAGUGCAUUUUUGGCUGUAAAUAUUGCUCAAGUUGACCAUGUUGACCAUACUAAUUAUUGUAGUAUCUUGACUCCAUUGUUGUUCUGUAUGAAUGAUC